AUGGUUAAGAACAAUCCAAAUAUCCUAGUUGUACGUAGUAGAUACUUGCUAUAUUACCAAUUAUUGAGUCAUGUUACUCCCUCUGCAAUCACCAUAGCUAAAAGAAUAAUGCUGAAGAACCCAAGUAUUGAUCUCGUAUUUCACCGCAGAUACCCCCUCGUGGAAUCCUUCACGCCGAUCACGGACUUAGAGCGAGGCUAUGGCGCAUGGCCUUCUUCACAUUUUCGCGUGGCAGUUUGGGGGCCGAGUUUCACUCUAAUUUCCAUAAGGGGGGCAGACACACCUCCCUGUCUGUCUCUGUCCGCUCAUGUUAGAUAUUUUUCAGUUCAUGAACGAUUCCCUUUGUGGUGGUGGUGGUGGUUGUUCAGAGACACCAUCCAGUUGACCUUCACGAUGAAAGGUCUCGCGCAGAUCGUCGGGCUGUAUGCCUCUUUGGCCGCCGGGAGAAAAUACUGCACCCGGACUUUUCAUUCUUCUAUCAUUAAUAACCAGACUUUAUUCAUUGACGGUGGGGAGGUGCGCUAUCUGGAGGAUAAUAAUACCAUUUCGGCAUAUACCAUCCGCGGCCUGCAGACCGUCGACGUCUCCAAAUCUUUCUCGAAUACCGAUUCAGAUCUCUUCACUCAUAUCGACAAACCGUAUAAUGCAUCCGAUCCGGACGAGUAUCCGACUUUCCUUGAUGAGGGUUCCGCGUUCAACGACGGCGAGAACCUCUACUUCUACGGCGGGUAUAAGAGCGGUCGCGACGGCCCGACGACCGUCCCGCCCGUGGAGACGUGGAAAUACAACAUCCAAAACAAUAACUGGACGAAAGAUGGAUUUGGGGGCGUGCCGCUGGUUCGGCUGGUAGAGGGAGGAGCAGUUGUUUCGCAGUCCCAGAAUAAAGCGUACUAUCUCGGGGGUGUGGAAGACCCGGGCGGGAAUCCGAAUAUCUAUGGUACUGCGGGAGCGGACGUGGAGAUUGUCAGUGGUUUGUUGGUCCUGGAUCAGUCGACCCUGCAGUGGUCCAAUUUAUCGACGUCGGAGAUGAAUGAUUAUGGCACGAUUGGAGCGGGAUAUGUGAAUAUUCUGGAGGAUGUUGGGGAUGAGGGGCUUUUGGUAGCCUUUGGUGGGUAUAAGUAUCCUGUCGGGCAUAAGCUGUCGCUGCUCUGUUCGAGCCAGACAAAUACGACCUUUCAUGUACGUUCGACUACUCGGUUAUUGUUGGGAGUGUCAACUAACAAGAGCCAGAACCCUAUGGAGUACGUCAGCCUGUACGAUAUUGCGAACCAGAAAUGGUACACGCAGCAGACUACCGGGGAUAUUCCGAACUGGCGGAUGGCUGGCUGCAGCGUGACUGUGGCAGCGCAAGAUCGGUCAUCGUUCUCCAUCUACAUGUUUGGCGGGAUGGCCGCGACCACUGCAAAAUCCGACGGUGAUGUAUACGUUCUUUCACUGCCGUCGUUCAGAUGGAUCCGCGUGAACGAGGGGAGCAGUAUCCGCGAAAAGCACACAUGCAAUGUCCUUGGGAAGCAUACCAUGCUCGUGGUUGGAGGAACAAUCCCAACAGACAGUUCGGAGUAUGAGCCAAAGCCGGUGAACUGCGACACGGGCACCUUUGAGAACGGACUGGCCAUCUUCGAUCUGAACCAGCAUACCUGGCUCACUGAUUAUAAUGCUGAUGAUCAGUCAGAGUAUGCCUUGAGCUCAGCAAUCACCGAUGUGAUCGGGGGAAGGUACGUAAAUCCGAUCGAGGGAUCAGUUUGCCUUCAGUGCUGA